UGGGCUCUGCACUCAGCUUUGAUUUCCAUUCCUGACAAAAUGUGCAUGAGAUAUCCUGGAUUCGUUCUUCUGCUGGUUUGGUUUCCAGGAGGGCUACAUGGACAAAGUGCAGCUCUGCCUUGUCCUGCUCCCACACUGAAUGGUGGUUAUUUUGUCCCUGAACAUGAAACUUAUGCUCAUGAAACCAAGCUCACUUACGCCUGUGAAAACGGACGUAAACCAGCAGCGGAGGGUUGGUGGGCAACAAGCACAUGUCAAAAUGGCAAAUGGUCUCAUGAACCACAGUGUAUAGAUGAAAACGCCUGCAUUCCACCACAGAUACCAAAUGCAAAAUACACAAUACGCCCAAAUGGUUGGUAUGAGGAUGGACAGUCAGUUAGAAUAACAUGUGAAGCAGGAUAUGAAGGCAAAGACCAUGAUGCCACAGCCUUAUGUAGAAAUGGAACAUGGACCUCUGUGCCAGUCUGUAAGAGAAGUACCCACAUGUGCCGUGAGCCCCCUAAAAUCCGCCAUGCUGUCAUCAUUCAUCGGGGAUACCAGGAGCUGUUUGCUCCAGAUUCAGAGGUGCAGUAUGAAUGUGAAGACGGAUAUACUGUAGAGGGAGGAGACACCAAGAAAUCCAUCUUUUGCAUGUCUGGAACCUGGUCUGACGGCCCUGCAUGCAGCAAAAGAAUUGAACCAGGUGCUGGACAGGCUGGUUCAGCAGAGGUGGGAACCGGUGGGGGGGACCCUACACUGUCUGCCAGAGGGACACAACCUGCAGACAGAGAUACUAGACCCGGUACCGGACAUGGCGGAUCCACAGUUGGUGCAACAGAUGGACGACACACUUCAUCUGUUGGCAGUGGGACACAACCUACAGAGGUACCAGACCAGGUACCGGACAUGGCGGAUCCACAGUUGGUGGAACAGAUGGACGACACACUUCAUCUGUUGGCAGUGGGACACAACCUGCAGGUGGAUUAUUGGAUAUACAGAGGUACCAGACCAGGUACCGGACAUGGGGGAUCCACAGUUGGUGGAAACGAUGGACGACACACUUCAUCUGUUGGCAGUGGGACACAACCUGCAGACAGAGGUACCAGACCAGGUACCGGACAUGGCGGAUCCACAGUUGGUGGAACAGAUGGGCGACACACUUCAUCUGUUGGCAGUGGGACACAACCUGCAGACAGAGGUACCAGACCAGGGACUGGACAAGGGACAGGAUCUUCUACCACCUCUGGCUCACAUGGAAGAGAAAGUAAUCCGAUUGUCAUGCCAGUCAGUUACUGCGGAGCACACCCAGUGGUUCCAAACGGUGUUGUUGUGCAAGCCGAGCGAUCAUUUUUGAAAUACCAAUGUAAUGCUUUUUACACACAAGUCGGUUUAGACACCGUAGUGUGUCACAGUGAUGGCAGCUGGUCAGAACUACCCAUCUGCAAAGAGGCAUUCUGUGUCCUGGAUCCUGCUAACUAUCGUGGGUCCAAUGUUGUAAUCCCUGCAGUUGAAUAUCUAAAGGAAGGAGAGGCAAAGCGUAUUUCAUGUGUGUGGCAUACUCACAGCAGUGUUUUUCGGUGCACAAAUGGAAGAAUAACUUUAACCCAUUGUUGUACCGAUUAUGACCAUCGCUAUCGACGUUGCCCGUUAAGUGCAGCAGAGGACUGACAACAAGGCCACGCUUUCAAAUACCUCCAUCAGAAAACAACUACACCUAAAAAAUGCUGUCACAUUUCUAUUUUAAUUUUUUCAUUGCUUGUUUUCAUUUUGAUGGAAAAAAUACUCUUAAUGCA